CCACGCUGCCCGCCUGCCUGGUCUCCUCCAACUCCUCGCGAGAGCUGUCCUGCUUGUCCAGGGAGAGGGGUUAGAUGGGGCAGAAAACCCCUCUCCGUCACAGUCUGGCUCCAUUUUCGCUUCGCUUCGGCUCCCAAGCUCCUCUCCUGGCAACUCCUUGACCCCUCGGCCGAGCACUGAGCCCUCUACCGUUCGGGUCCUUAUAAUCCUGACCAUUUGGAGACUCAUCCUCUUUUUUUGCACCAUCCUUUCUCUGUUGAUCCCGUCCUGCAUUAUCUUGUUCAAUCCCCUUGCUGCUGGCUGCACUCUUCUCUGCGUGCCUAUACCCCCAGCUGCAUCUAUCAGUAGCACCAUCUGGCUUUUCUCACACCAUCUUCCAUUCUAGACCAACCAAGUACAAAAGAUAUGCCUGAGCCCGUCCAGGUCGCGUACAAGCGCCUCAAGCUGCCCAAGGUCGGCGAGAACGGCUAUGUCGGUUUCCAGCCCGGCAAGAGCGAGGUCCUCAAGGCCGGCACCAAGCCUUUCGGCCACAAGGCUCUGACCAGCGACAUUCAAAUCGACCACGAUGUCGAGGUCGUCGUCCGUGACGGCUGCCGCCUCUACAUGGACGUCUAUCGUCCUGCCAACUCGAUAGAAAAGGUCCCUGCGAUCCUCAGCUGGUCGCCGUACGGCAAGAAGUACAGCGCCCUCGACAUGCUGCCCAUGUGCGUCUGGCACUGCUGUGUCGACCGCGACUCGUUGAGUGGCCUGGAGAAGUUCGAGGGUCUCGAUCCUGCUCUCUGGUGCCCCAAGGGCUACGCCAUCAUCAGUGUCGACACGCGCGGCACUGGCCACAGCGACGGCCAGAUCCCCAUCAUGGGCCCCCAAGACGCCGAAGAUGGCCACGACGUUGUCGAGGCCGUCGCCAAGAUGGACUGGUGCAAUGGCAACGUCGGCAUGGCCGGCAACUCGGCCCUUGCCAUUUCGCAAUGGUUCACAGCCGCGCAGGCCCCACCCUCGCUCAAGGCCAUCGCCCCCUGGGAAGGGAUGGGUGACAUGUAUCGUGAGCAAUUUUGCCGUGGUGGCUGGUUCUCCAUGAGCAACUUCGACCUCAUCACGAGUGAGAUCAUCCGUGGGCAGGAGAAUUCUGGUGUGGAGGACUGGGCCGAGAUGUACCGCCGGUCCCCGACACAGAAUGACUACUGGAAGGCCAAGCGCGUCGACAUGACCAAGAUCAAGUGCGCUACCUACAUCCGCGGCUCCGACGUUUCGGGCAUCCAUACUAUGGGCUGUAUCCGCGGUUGGCUCGAGAUCCCCCACGACAACAAGUGGAUCCACUGGAGCAGCAAGCAGGAGUGGUUCGAGCUGUACCAGGAGCCGCACGCCCAGGAGGAGCUCGCCGUCUUCUUCGACCGCUUCCUUCGAGAGCAAGACAAUGGCUGGGAGAAGAACACACCAAAGGUCCGGUGGUCCGCGCUGCAAUUUGGCGACCGGGAAGCCAUCGAUGACAUCGUCAUUGAGGACUUCCCUCUCCCCAACACUGACUACCGCGAGCUCUUCUUCCAGCCCGGUGGCCAGCUCGCCGGCACCAAGCCGGCCGAGGCCUCAAAAGUCACCUACGACUCGGAGAACCACAAGGACUUUGCCGAGUUCAAGUACACCUUUGAGGAGGACUCGCGGCUGAUCGGCCUGCCCAAGGCCAUCGUGUACGUCUCGUGCGAUGCCCGUGACGACUUCACCAUCUUCACAAUCAUCCGCAAGCACGACAAGGAUGGCAAGCCCCUGAUGCACCUCAACAUGCCGUUCAAGGCGACCCCCGUCAACAGCAUCAGCGAGAUCCCCGAGAAGGAGCAGGCCACCCUCAACCUACACCUGGGCCCCAUGGGUAUCCUGCGCGCCUCGCAACGCGCCAUUGACUCCUCCAAGAGCAUCCACCCCCAGUUCCCCUUCCACCCGCACGAGAAGCAGGAGAAGAUCCAGCCGGGCACUGUCGUCCGGCUCGAGAUUGGUAUCUGGGCCAUGGGCACUGAUUUCGAGGCUGGCGAGAGUGUCAGCAUUAGAGUCGGCGGUCAGUACCCUAGCAUCAUGGAGUACAAGACUUUCUCCGCGCCGCGCCCGGAGCACGAGCUCAACCGCGGCACCCACAAGGUGCACUUUGGCGGAGAGUACCCCAGCUCGGUCAUCUUGCCUUUCACCCCUUACAAGAAAUAGACGGCCACGGGAGUAAAUAAAGAAGAAAGCAAUCAAAAUAAAAACAAUGUACAGGCCUGAGGGUUCACUCGAAAGCAAUAGAUUUAGAAGGUCCCCAAGUGUAUAUACGUGCAGAGCAUUUACUUUGCGGGACAGGCAAGGGCAAGGAAUAGAGCUGUUCCAGCCUCGUACGAAUACCACCAG